CGGGCAUUUACAAUCACAAGUCUCGCGUUUCCCGUACAGGAUGGAAGGCCAGGGCAAGUUUUCGGCGCUGUACCUCAUCAUCGCGCUCGCGGCGUCUCUCAUUCUGUCAAUCGCCAUAGCUUAUCUCGAGGUGAAGCGGGACACAGAGAUCAGAGAACUAGCAAAUGUCGUCGAAUCGCUUAUCCAAGAUGUCAAAAGUUUAAAGUCGCAACUGGAAAAUGUGAAAAAUCAAACUUCAUUCCUCGUCGAGCAGUUCGAUAAGAUCGAGGAAGACAUGAAGGACAGCCAGAAUUAUACGACGGGAGACGAGGACGAAUACUACGAAGACGAGUACGACGACGACGGAGACGAAAGCAGGAAGAAACGACAUGCCGGCCAUUAUUCGAAGAGAAGCGUUCGUAACUUAGAUCGGACGAAGAACGACUUGAGAGCCGGAUCAGAAGAGGACAGCGUUAUAAAGCACACUUACUCCAAUAGCAGUCCGGCUCCUUUGCUUGCAACGAUCUUCUUGGAAUCUGAUGGAUACAAAAAACAACAAGCUGGACCAUUAGAACAUACAUUCCCACCGAAAAUGGAUUCUUGCGACUAUUCAAAAUGUAUGAAGAACGUCGUCGCUCACUAUGAAGGGAACUCAUCUGCUGCAAGAAAAGGACAUCAUCGUCAUUAUGACAGCAACCACCGCAUGUACCACCCGAACGGUGUGAUCAGGGAAUGGACGAAAGCGGCAUGGGUACCCAACUCGUAUUUGGAUCCGACUCUUUACUUCGACAACGGUGAAGUAAAACUGACCGACUAUCCAGGAUUGUACUAUGUAUAUGCUCAGGUGUUCUACGCUGAUCCGCACGAUACAACUGGAUUCAGAAUAUACGUCAAUGAUGAAGUUGUAAUGCAGUGUACCAUAACGGCUCAUGGUGUUCAUCGAUCUGGAGAGGCGAAAAGAAAUUCCUGCUACACUGGUGGACUUGUAAAGCUCAACGUCGAUGACAAAAUCAGCAUAAAGGAAGUUGAAGGCACCCGGUACACAAUAUUUGAACACACGAAGAGUUUCUUCGGUCUCUUCAGGGUCGCCGCUAUGUGAAAGGGAGACUGCACAUUCCAAAAAAA